ACCUCUAAGCUAAUUCUUACUUCGCUGCGACUCUCACACCCGACCCUAGCCAUUGCCAUAGCAUGGCGUUCCCAACUGACCCCGUCUCCAACUUCCUCCAAUCUGCCACUUCCAAUCUCCUCUCCCUCUUCACUGCCCAGAAAUCGACGUCUCCCUCGUCCUCUCUAACCUCACCUCCUCGUAUCUGCCUCCCACUCCUCCUCCCCUUCUCCAAUUCACCUUUAGACUCUGGUCUCCCUGCCAUCAAGGGUGGCGUCCCAUCAUCUCCCGAUUCCGGCUUCUCCUCCGCAUUCCCAUCCACAGUCAGGGUUUCCGGGCUCAACUCCAACGGCAGGGGUGGUGGGCCCGCCUUCGUGGGCCAGGUUUUCAGUAUGUGCGACCUUUCCGGAACUGGUCUCAUGGCCGUCUCCACCCACUUCGACAUUCCCUUCCUCUCCAAAAGAACACCCGAUUGGCUUAAGAAGAUUUUUGCAACAAUUAAUAAGAGUGAAAGAAAUGGCCCUGUAUUCCGUUUUUUUAUGGAUUUAGGUGAUGCGGUGGCAUAUGUCAAAAGGUUGAAUAUCCCAAGUGGUGUGGUGGGUGCCUGUCGUCUUGAUUUAGCAUACGAGCAUUUCAAGGAAAAACCUCAUAUGUUCCAGUUCGUUCCAAAUGAGAAACAGGUCAAGGCUGCCAACAGACUUCUGAAGACGAUCCCACAGAAUGGAGGAAGCAAAAAGGUUGAUGGUGUUCCCGUUUUUAGUGCUCAAAACCUGGAUAUCGCAAUAGCAACUACAGAUGGGAUUAAGUGGUAUACUCCAUACUUCUUUGAUAAAAAUGUUCUUGAUAACAUUCUUGAAGAAUCUGUUGACCAACAUUUCUAUUCUUUAAUUCAAACUCGGCACGUGCAACGUCGACGGGAUGUCAUUGAUGACAACUUGGCUGCAGAAGCAAUUGAAGAGAUGGGUGAUAACUUGUGGGAGCCUCCAGAGGUUCAAGAACUGCUGGAUGAGAUGGGCAAUCCUGGAAUACCUUUGAGUGUUAUUUCAAAGGCUGCUGAAAUGCAGCUUCUUUAUGCAGUUGACAAAGUAAUCCUCGGUAACAGGUGGUUGCGGAAAGCUGCAGGCAUACAACCAAAGUUUCCUUAUAUAGUUGACUCAUUUGAGAAAAGGAGUGCUGCUUCUGUUCUGAGAGCAUCAGAGUCUGGCAGCUGUCUUGCCAACUCUGAGAUGGGAAAAAAUGACAGUAAAGAUUAUCAACACCAAGGCACUUCAGAACUCACAUUAAGAGAUAAUAUUCAAGUGAACCGAGAUUACAAUGGUUGGAAUCACAACUGGGAGGCAGGUCAGAUGACUAAAGCCAGUUUAAAGAAGACAAUGGAGGAUCUAACAAAAGAGUUGGAGCAAACAGGACAGGGGCAUACUGGAAAUGCCACAGGUAGUAGUAGUAGUAGUAGUAUUAAUGACUUUAAAAGUGAAGAUAGAGAUCCGCUAUUUGUAGCAAAUGUGGGGGAUUACUAUUCUGGCAUGGCAAAGACUGGUUCAGCGCGAUGGGUUCGUGGCAGAAAUAUUUAGAAAAGAUAGUUGCUUUGCUGUGGUGAUAUUUAUCUCUGGAAAGAAAAAAUAUUCCGUUCCCACCAAAAGGAAGGCAAAAUUAGGAGAGAGAGAAAGGGUGGGGGGUAUGGCAAUCCAUUGUUUUACAGGUCAUUUCUUGCUUGGAUGCUCGCUUCUUGGGUCUGUCCAAAGGCAUGCAUUAUGUCUAAAUUCACGUUUGGCCAUCUGAUCAAUGUUGUAAAGGGUGAUUAUAAAUAGAUAUUGACGAUUAGUUGGCUAAAGUUUUUGGAAUUAUUAGAUGUUUGCACAACAGAACAAGAAUAGAUCUUUCUUGGUGUUGUUAAUGGCAUGUUGAGAAUUCAUGAUUCAUGGUCAUUGAAAUGAGCGAGGGAUUUUUGAGGAAUAGGAGGUUCUUUGUAUGGUGAAGCUUUUACAAUUAGAAGUUGUGUAAUUAGCUCCAAAAUUUACCUUCUUUCAAAUGUGUUUGAGUAA